AUGCCUUACUGCGUAAAAAUAGAUGUCUACGACAAAAUUAAAUCUAUUCCAGCUCUCGUGGUGAUCACAUCACCGCUUCCACAACAGCAAACACAACAAGCACCAGUACGACAAUUUUUUGAAAUGGACACGGAAAAAUUGAAAGAUUUCUGGCACACGGCAAUGAUUCGCGGUCUUAUUAAGGCUCAUUCAAAACAAAUUCUAAGAAAUCUUCCAUACGUUGAACAUGUUGUGUACAAUUUAUGUACACAUGAUGCUAAAACUACCGUAGCACUUGCAAAAUGUGCUGUACGUGUAUUCGACUUACGGGAUGCUACACAACAACGAAUUGAAUAUGAGCGACGUCAGCCCGUUGUGAGCACCUCAAACUUUUUGGAGCGUUAUCCAUUAACGAGAGUUAUCCACGGGACCCGUUCGUCAAAAUGGACUGGCGUCACGAAAUUUCUGUACAGAGAUGCAAAGAAAAAACGUUUCUUUCAUAAACAAAAACGGGGAAAUAAACGAAAACGGAAGAGAAGAAAUGUUGAGAAUCGAAGAGAUGAUGAUGCCAGAAACGAUCCUAUCGGUACGUUUGCAACGGUGAAGACCGGAACCCAACCAAAAAUCCUUCCAAAAUAUAAUUUUGGAAAUCCCAAAGAACGACUUCGUCCAGCGAUGAAUUUCGGAAAAGUUGUCUCAGAAUAUAUGAAGAAAGUAUUACUUGGUUCAAAACCACGGUCACAUCUCGAGAAUCUACGUGUUAUUCGUGAUCAUUUUAGAAGAGUGGAGAAAUGUAACGAUUUUUUUCAAAGCAUAAAUAACGAGAACAGGAGAUUUUUCGAAAAAAUGAAUUUGGGUAUCGACAGUCGUACUCCGGAAUUGGCGAACAAUGCCAUUGAAACAAUGGAAGGAGUGCUGGAAAUUGUCAAUGCAUUCGCAAUCAUAGCCAUUAAUAAGAAACAACAAAAUCGGCUUUUGGAUAUCAUUAUGGAUGAGACACUUGUCAGGAUAAAACCGGAGAUUGAAGAAGUGAAAUACAUUAAACUGCCUCUAGUACAGGAAAUAUCUCGCAAACAUGAGAAAUGGAUACGAGCGAGGAAUCAUUUCACUGAAGAGCAAAAAAUGGACUACGAAGAGAAAGGAUACGCAUUUCUGAAUGAAGAGCAACUGAAUCUGAUUUAUAACCGACAAGAGCAACUUCUUCACGGUAUCAACGUUACCGAGAUAAGUAGGAUGACUAAGGAACAGAAAACGAAGAGAAUAGAACGAGAUAUCCGAGCACUCGCCGCCCUGGAUCAACCAAGAGUGCCAACGUGGGGAACGAAACACUUUCGAAAACGACGAGCUACGCCUCCUUCGGCGGAUCCCGAACUAAAGGAAAAUGAAGAAAGAAUUAACGGUGUACUGUUUGAAACGCUGCAACCGUACGCGUUCACUGCCGAGGUAGCUGAAGGCGCUGCGCUAGAAGUUGUAACGUUAUCACCGGAAGCUUUUAUCAAUGAAAUCCUAUUCCCAAGAGCAUUACGACUGGAAGUGUUGUCGCCUCGGGCUUUCAUCGCCGCCGUUCUAUCACCUAAUGCUCUCAUAGCACGAAUACUUUCACCAACUGCUUUUCGAGUGGAGGUACUCUCACCACGAGCUCUUCAUACAUGGGUUCUCAGUCCGGAAGUAUUUGUUUUGUCACCUCAUAUAUUGGGAGGUGCACAUUCUCACGAAGAAGCUGAACAUACGGUCUCAGAGAUUGGAGCUCAUUCCGAUCAUAUCCACGGAGAUGAAGAGCAUGAGAGAGCUGAAGGAUCUCAUCAUAGUCAUGAAAUUGAAGAAGAAACGGUCUCGGGACUUCCACGUAAGUUCACUGUCAACAGGCAUUAA